AUGAUUAAAGUUCAAGAAGGGCAAAAGUCAAAAUGCAAUCAACCCCUCUCUGCACCUCUUACCUCACCUUUGGGUGGGCAGAAUUCUCAGACCAGCUUCCAUUGUGGACAACUGAAACACCUGCACGUCCCUGACCGCUUAGUGAUUGGAGGGUUUGUUCACCUAGACGAAGCCUUGAAGAAAGAAAGGAUCGGAAGCGAGCAGCCGCAGUGGCAGCCUGCGGACUUGCUGCGCAAGGAGGGAGCUCUUCGAGAGUCAACUCCGUGCAGGCUCAGCACGGGGCCCAGGGCACUCCCCUUGGGCCCAGGCCACCCACCCUCACCACCGGCCUCUCUUCUGGGGAGUGAGCGGGCAUGGGGGCCAGAACCGGGCGCUACGACCCGCAGCAGGCGCAGAGGUCAGCCGUCCAGGGGCCCAGACCAGCCGACCCCACCCGGAAGGGCCCUUCGCCAAGACCUCCGCUGCCCCCAGCUCCGGCCUCGGCGGCGCCCGCCGGGGAAAGGACGCUGGGCUGGGUGGCCCUGGGGUCCCGGGCCUGUCGGGAGUGCAGGGCGUGUGCUCACGAGCGGAGCCGCUGCACGGAAGGCCAGAGCCCGCGGGGAGGCUGGCCGCGCUGCGCGGGGCCCACGGGGUCGCUCUCAGCUGGGGCUCCUGGUCUCUGAAAGAGGGCGGCUCAGCCUGGGGACCGGAUCGCUCUCCGUCCAGACCCACGGCUCCGGGAAAACCCGGCCCCCAGGGCCUGGCGCGGGCCUAAGGACCGAAGCUACGGAACAGACUUGCCCCUACGGUCAUUACAGCUUAGAUUGCAAGAAAUAGUUAAAACAUG